AUGGUGAAAGAUAAGAAAAGAUCUGACCGUGAAGGUUUUGAAGAAGAUAUAGACUUGGAGCUUUCACUUGGUCCUUCAUACUUAAGAAGAAAAAACAUAAGGUCAUCUUCUUCCCCACCUAAUAAUAUUACUAUGCCUCCUCCUGUUCCUUCAGUUGGUUAUGGUUUUCGUGAUAUUGGUGAUGGUGCUGCAGGUAUUGGUAAUAGUUAUGGUGGUGGUGGUGGUGGUGGUAUAGUUCCUCCUGUUAAUCAUGGAGGCGGUGGUUUUUCUAUACCUAAUCAUCCUGGCAGUGGUGGUGGUCGUCGACAUUCAAGAGUACGUGUACGAGCAGAGACUGCUGUUGAUUUGGCUGUACCACCAUUCGAGUGGGCAACGAAUAGAUUUGCCAAAAUUCAUGGCAGGGAUCAUCUGAUAUCAAAAGGUAUACAUACAAUAACCGGUGAAGUUCAGUGCAAAAAGUGUGAGCAUCGCUGCAGUCUCGAGUACGAUCUACAGAGUAAGCUAUUGGAGGUUGGUUCUUUCAUUUACCACAACAAAGAGGAUUUGUGUCAUCGAGCUACAGAUAAUUGGAUGACGCCGCGUCUAGAAACCUGUCCACGCUGCGAUCAGCCAAAUUCAUUGAAACCAGUAAUGCCAUCUGACAAAGGGUUGAUAAAUUGGUUGUUCUUGCUCUUGGGCCAAAUGAUUGGGUGUUGUACACUUGAACAGUUGAAGUUCUAUUGUGAUAAGAACUCUCUUCAUCGUACUGGGGCUAAGGACCGUCUUAUUUUUCUGACUUAUCUUUCGCUCUGCAAACAACUUGAUCCAACUGGUCCGUUCGAGCUUGACGGAUGUUAA